AACCGAACAGAGUCAAAUGCACCUUGAGCCCUGGUGGUAAAAAAGCGCACACUUUCUUCACUGUCAGCAGUGAAAAAAGAGCUCCAAGGAGGAAAGUGUGCUGCUGCUGUUGGCCCAACUCCCAAAGAGAAAGAAAAACGCAGCGACGAUAGUUAUAUAGCAGCUAUGUCGGGUAGAUAGAAACUGCGUGACUGAAAGCCGCAGAAAUGAGCGAUAAAGGGCCCGCAACACGCAGGAGGAGGACGACCACCUCCGGCUGCGGAGGAGGAGGAGCGGGCAGCGUGAAACAAGCCAACGGCACCAAGGGGCUCGAUGCCGGGGCGAAACAUCCACAGUACCCCGCGGGAGUCAAAACACCAGCGACGGAGGUCUCCAAGCGGCAGCGCGCCAGCCAUAAUAACAAUGGGAAUCUGGACAGAGAGGAGUCGGGGGAAACCGAGCAGCACCGGUCCAGUAACAGCCCGAGGAAACAGAGGAGUGCGGUGGAAGAUAUCAACGACCGACUCAGCUGCCAUGUUCUACAGGAAUCUCUCUUGAGCUCAGCCAGUGGCUACAGCAACUAUAGAGGAAUCCUAAAUUGGUGUGUUGUCAUGCUGAUGCUCAGCAAUGCACGACUCUUCCUGGAGAACAUCAUCAAGUAUGGCAUCCUAGUAGAUCCAAUCCAAGUAGUGUCGCUUUUCUUGAAGGACCCCUAUAGCUGGCCAGCAGCCUGCCUAAUUAUUGCGUCCAACCUGUUCAUCCUGACAACCUUAUACGUGGAGAGGCGUCUGGCAGUGGGUACAAUCUCUGAAACCACAGGAUGGAUGCUUCACAUUUUCAACCUCACCUGCAUGUUGGUCUUCUCCUCCGUCACAGUGCUCAGUGUGACGUCCAUGACCCCAGUGGGCGGCGUGUUUUCUCUAGGAAUCUACACGGUGCUGUUUCUCAAGCUUUACUCUUAUCAGGACGCCAACAGGUGGUGCAGAGAGAUCAGACAAGCCAAAGCUAAAAGACUAACACGAUCAUAUUCAUGCCCCGAUGUUAAACAGUCGAACGGCUCAGCGGUUCAUCCUCUCGUCUCCUACCCAGGAAACCUCACACACAGAGACAUGUACUACUUUGUUUUUGCCCCAACUCUCUGCUACCAGCUAAACUUCCCACGAUCUCCACGAAUACGUAAAAGGUUCCUGAUAAGAAGACUUUUUGAAAUGCUUUUUCUCAUGCAGUUGUUGGUGGGCUUGAUACAGCAGUGGAUGGUUCCCACAAUUCAAAACUCAAUGAAACCAUUCCGGGAAAUGGAUUUUUCUCGGAUGGUGGAGCGAUUGCUCAAAUUAGCUGUCCCUAACCAUCUUAUAUGGUUGAUAUUCUUUUACUGGUUUUUCCACUCCUCUUUGAAUUUUGUGGCAGAGCUGCUGCAGUUUGGAGACCGGGAGUUCUAUAGGGACUGGUGGAACUCUGAGACCGUCACUUAUUUCUGGGCUAACUGGAAUAUCCCUGUGCACAAAUGGUGCCUGAGACAUUUCUAUAAGCCAAUGCUGAAAAGAGGGACCAACAAGUUUCUGGCUCAAACGGCUGUCUUUUUAGUUUCUGCCUUUUUCCAUGAGUACCUGGUUAGUAUCCCCCUGAAGAUGUUCAGGCUUUGGGCCUUUAUGGGAAUGAUGGCUCAGGUUCCUCUGGCCUGGUUUGUGGGUCGCUACCUGAACGGAAACUACGGCAAUGCAGCGGUGUGGCUCUCGCUCAUCAUUGGACAGCCUAUUGCUGUGCUGAUGUAUUUCCAUGACUACUAUGUUAUGCAUCACGGAUACAUUAAAUAGCACUGGAAGGAAACAAAACUGUGGGAUGAGCCAAAAGGAACAUGUAAAGCAAGUGACUCUAGCCCUGCUUUCACUUUUGCACUUUGAGGGGACAGGACCACAGCAUGUUGUUGAAACUUUGGACAUUUCCAUUACAGGAACGUGCUUGGUGUUAAACUUUCAGUCACCUCGCUCCUUUGUCGGCCUUCAGUCAAACUAAACCUUCAGAUGCAGCACCGCCAUGUGUAUCUAAUGUUUGUUUCACCUUUAAUGAUUUGAUCCUGGACCCAAACUGAAUCAGGACUUUGUUGAAUGUUAAAGGAAGGGAUCCGUCUUUUGUCUGAAGCAGGACAUUUGCUGGACAAAAGCAAAUGAAUUCCAUAAGCUCCACCAAAGAUGCAUUUAAUAAACUUUUUUUAUAGUCAAGGAACACGUUUGAGACUCAAAAAGCUCUUCUGCAUAUUAAAAAGACGGAUUUCUGCUUGAAAACGCACACAUCAGGUGCAAUAAAUAUGAAUCACUGCCAGACAAAACGCUAGAACUGAAUCUCGCCUCUAUAAAAGCCUGAAUGGGAUCUGUUUCUAUAUAAGUGGCUUAGAAGUCACUGUGUGUGUAUCCCACCCCUGCAGUUUAAUGCCUGUUUUUUUUUUUUCUUAUAAAGGCUAAAAACUUCAGAUGUUCAGGUUUUAAAAUCGAUCACAGUAACCAUUUUCUUUACCUUUUUAUUCCAAAAACAUUUGUCUUUCCUCCUGUUUGUGCAAUACAGUAUUGUCUAAUAUCGUUAAAAUGAUCUUUAUAACAAUUUAAGGAAACAAGGAUCCCUUCCCAGAAGGAUUGAAUGGACCAAGGACAUGAAUGUGGAGUCAUUUAUACAAUCAAAGGCUCUACAUACAAACACAUAGUGUACUUACCUGACAUGCAUUGGAUUACUCUAUGGUUUGCACAGUAUUUUAACUGUCAGAUGAUUUCAUGCCGUAAAUAUUUUCUAUGCUGUCAUAUUUCUUGUUCAUGUAAUUGGAAGCUUUGUUUAAUUUGUCUUUGACUUCAACCAAUGAUGGUUUUUGCACUUUAAAUGCAUGCAUGCUAUUGGCAAAAGCAAUAGAUUUCUAUGAAUGUACUGUCUUAAGUCAUACUUCUUGUGGUAGGAAAACCUUAGGAAGUCUUUGAAACUCCCUAAGGUUGUAGUAAAAACAGGAAUUCAGAGCCUUUUCACUGGAGGUUUUACAGUAUUUUGGUCUAUUCCAUCUGAUGUCUUUGCUUUGAUAAAAGCCAUCCAAGCCACGUUCAAAUAUUAUUUUUCAUUUUGUCACCCUCCCCUCCCAAAGACAGUUUAUGAAGUAACAUCUGGAGAAACGCCAGAUUUCAGGAGAAACUGUACUGGUGUUCCUUAUCAAAAACAAGUGCCUGCUAUAAAUAAAAAAAAUUAAAUUAUAAGAUAAGCCAAAACUUUUCAACAGCUGUAAUUUUCUGAGUUUUCUCUUGCAUUUUAUUUGGGAGAUGAGUACUGAAUUUAAAUACAAUGCAAUAAUCCUGUUUUAGCAGUAUUUCAGCACAUAGUGGGUACAUUUUAAUAAUAAUAAUAACCUGGCUCACUUUUAUCCACUUGGCCAUUUAAUCUGUGCCAAAUCUGACUAAUUGUGGGAAGCAAAGUUAUUCAGAAGGAAAAACAUGGCCGUCCAGCUAGCUACCAGAGGUACUAAGAGAGUUCAUGGCUUCUUAGUUUGACUAAAACAAACCAGACUUAAUUUUAGUUGAGCAGUUUUGAGUUUGUUGUCUGAAUUAUUUGAUGCUACCUAUAAAAUUAAUGAAAUUGUUAACAGAUUUGUUGUGUUUUUGAAGACGUGAGUAAUAAAACUGUUUUGGAAUUUG